UCCAGAAGUUCAACAUCCGAAUUUUAUGCUGAACAAGGAUUGGCAAUAGAUAUUCAAUAUGCCUAUGCCUCUGUCGAAAAAUUGUCGAUGUUGUCUGGUGCAAGGCAGUGAAAUGUUCGACGUAUUCGUCGCAUUGGAUGAAUUCGGAAGCCAAAUUUGUGAUUUGAUUGCUAAUUGUGGAAGUGUUCGGAUCACGGAGGCUGAUCCCUUCUCAAAAACCAUAUGCCAAAAAUGUCUGAAAGAGUUAAUUAAUGCCGAACGAUUUCGAAAGCGUUGUUUGGACUCGGAGCAUUUCCUAAAGAACAGUCUUAGCAAUGUUGUUAAAUCAGAAUUUACAAACCAAAACUACGAUGGAUCAAGUUCCAUUACACAGAAACAGAAUGAUCUCGUUUCGAAUCAAAACUUAUUGAAUCCGCUGGACGUGAAAUCCUUGGAUACAUCGAGUAUUGAUCAACAAAACCAACAAUCUAAACAAUUGACUUGUGAAACACGCUACAAGCUAUUGAAAAGUAAAGAAUCGCUUUUGUCUCACAAGGUCGAGCACAAGACAACUACACAUUCUAAGCCUAAAAAGCGGCGAUCCUCUGUCAAGCAAACCCAAGUGUGUGAAAUUUGUGGCAAACAGUUUAGUAAAUCAGGAGAUUUCAAAAAACACGCUCGUAUUCACACAGGCGAACGACCACACGAAUGCGAUGAAUGUGGUAAGCGAUACAUCGAAAGCAGUCACCUGGCGAAACACAAACGUGGUCAUCUUGGUGAACGAAAUUUCAAGUGUCACAUUUGUGGCAAGCUUUUCAUGUGUAGCAAUACACUUGCGCAACACAUGCACACUCAUUCCGACAAUUUACCGCAUACAUGUGAUAUCUGUAGUAAAGGCUUCUACAAGAAGAGUCUGCUGGUGUAUCAUAUGCGAACUCAUACGGGCGAUCGACCAUACCAGUGCGAUAUCUGCGGUCGAAAGUUGGUUCGCGGCAACCUGAGACAACAUAUGCGAAUCCACAUUGGCGAUCGUGCGCAUAAAUGUGAUAUCUGCGGUAAGGAAUUCGCUGCAAGUUGCCAUCUGAUGCGACACAUACCAAUUCAUACCGGCGAGCGACCGCACAAAUGUUCACACUGUGGCAAAGGAUUCAUCCAGAGUAGUAAUUUGACGAGGCACAUGAUUACUCAUAGCAAUCAGCAGCAACACGAAUGCGACACAUGCGGUAAAAAGUUUCCCAGGAAAUGCAAUCUCAUACAUCAUAGCCGUAGCCAUAGUAACCGAUCCGCCUAAUAAAUGUGACAUUUGUGGCGAACCGUUUUUCAGCUACAGUCAAUUGAAAAUUGAUGUUGCAUCAAAAGACACAUGAGGCAACAGGAUACGUUAAUUCAUAUCGGUAGUUGAUAGAACGUAACAUCGUUGAAAAUAAAAACAUUUACUCAAGUAUUGAUCUUGAAAAUAUA